AGUUGACUAACUAGUUCAGCCUUAUCUUCAUCAAACAGAAUUUCAAUACUUCAUGUUGGGAAGGUUAUCGAAUUGAGGUCUGCUAAUAAAUAACAUUUCGUUUUACAAACUAAUUCUAAAAUAAUUUUCGGCAGUAAUGCCGCAACAGUUUUGUUAUUAAUUUCAAAAGCAUUUUUGCACUUCGUGCACUUCGAAGUAUCCAAAAUGAAAAAACAAUUCGCGAGAAUAAAGUUCAAUAGCUUAAAUUUGAUCGGUGUGUUUGCAUUUGUUUUCGGUGUGUGGUUGAAUACGGUGCAAUCGCAGGCUAUAACAAACGAAUGUGGAACAAUCAAUAUUCCCAAAGGGCUAUCAGUAGAAGGGAAUCAAACGAACAAAGGUUUUUGGCCAUUCGCAGUUGCUAUCUACGAAAUUGAAGAACAGAAACUUUUCUGCGGUGGCACUUUAAUUUCAAGAAAGCACGUCCUCACAGCUGCACAUUGUAUCCACGACAAGAGCCGUUCCCUGGUAUAUUUGCCCACUGAUAUUGCUGUACUCCUUGGAGCUUUUGUCCUACUGGCUAAAUCGGACGCUGGUCUGAAAUAUGUUAACAUAACUGAAAUUCUGGUUCAUCCCGACUGGGAAAUGUUUUAUAAAACAAGACCUGAUACGGAUGUAGCAAUUUUAGUGUUAGACAACGACGUGGCAUUGUCUAGUGAUAUUCAAUUAGUUUGCUUACCGUCCGAUGACGAUCCCACUGAAAUUACUACUGGAUUUUUGGUCGGAUGGGAUUUGCUACAACAAACUGCAAGACAUUCAAUCAUUAACGUCUUUAACAGUUCAGACUGUAUCAACGAAAACCUUCCUCUAAGCCCAUUUGUGUUGCCUCGAACUUUCUGUGGUGGAACAGGCCAAGUUUUACCUUCGAAAAAAGUAUCUGGUGGCGGAUUUUUCACUAGUUCUGGUUCGGCAUGGGUACUGCACGGCAUUGCUAUGUCAAUUACAAACGCAACCAUUAACUCGACCGAACAAUCAAUUGUGUCCUUAAUGUACGUGGCACCGUUUAAAAAUUGGAUUGGUAAUGUUGUCAGUCAAUCUGGAGGAGUGAUUGGUGAAGCCAUCAAGGAGAAAGUCAAUUUGGAAUGUGAAUUCCGUCAUUUGUACUACGGAUAUGCUUGUGUUGCCUAUGGUUUAAAUGUACGCAGUAAAAACGUUGUUGUGGACAAGUUGAUUGGGGCUGCGAAAUUAAACAAAAGCAGAGUCGAAUUCAUUCAAUUUCAUAACGGGACGAUGCUGUACUUACUAGAUGGCAUCGGGAAAUUCUUCCCGAAUUUGAAAAGUGUUUUGGUUGGGUAUUCCGACACGGUGUCAUUGAAUACAACCCUCAUGAGGCGAUCCAAUUUUCAACACAUGGAAAAUCUCUUCGAAAUUGUUAUCCACAAAAGUGACAUUGAGACGAUUGCUGUUGAUCUGUUAUGGGACCUUCCACAGUUGGAACGAUUCCAUCUCGAAGGAAAAUUGAAAGAAUUACCAGAGAGAAUAUUCGAGAAAAAUGUUAAGCUGAAGGAAGUGUAUCUGGCGUCGAAUUCUUUGGUAUUUUUACCGCGAAAACUUUUCUGGAAUAAUUUACAUUUGACGUGGGUAAAUUUGGAACACAAUCUGUUAACGUUUAUUGAAGUCGAUUUUAUGAUGUUGCCGAACAUUCAGUACGUAUUUCUAGCCGGUAACAAUUGUGUCAACAGAAAUUUGAAUAAAACAGACGAAGAAAACGAGCUUCAAGAUCUAAACGAAAACGACAAUUCACAACCAGUUACAAGAGUUUUAGAACUUCAACGAUUGAUUUACUCAAAUUGUACAUUCUUCACGUAAUAACACGAAAAAUUGUAAUUUUUCCGCAAAAUAUAAUUUUACGUCCCA